CCCCGGCCCCGGCGAGGGAGCAGCGAGGCCCCGAGCGGAGCGGAGCGGAGCGGAGCGGGGCAGCGCCGGGCAUGGGGCGCGGCUCGGCGGGACCGCGGCCCCUCCGCGCCCCCCUCUGCUGCCUCCUCGGCCUCCAGCUGGUGCUCGGCGCUGCGCACCCAGACUCCAAAGUCUUCCUCAUCUACAACGCGGGUGCGCAGGGCUGCCUGGAGACGAAGGACUCGCUGGUGAGACUCACCAAGGGCUGCAACGCCAGCGCCCCGGCCCAGCAGUGGAAAUGGGUCUCGCGAAAUCGCCUCUUCAACGUGGGGGCCAUGCAGUGCCUGGGGGUGUCGUGGCACGGGGCCAACGCCACGGCGGGGCUGCACCCCUUGGCCACCUACGAGUGCGACCGCGAGUCUGUCAACAUGCGCUGGAGCUGCCGCGGCCUCGGGGAGCAGCUCUCCCAGCACCUUGGCGCCCGCCCGGGCAAUUCCUCCACGGACAGGGGCGACCAGGCGCGCGGCUCGCAGUGGAGGACGUACGGCACCGAGGAGGAUCUGUGCUCCGUGCCGUACUCUGAGAUUUACACCAUCCAGGGCAACUCGCACGGGAAGCCCUGCACCAUCCCCUUCAAGUACGACAACCAGUGGUUUCACGAGUGCACCAGCACGGGGCGGGAGGACGGCCAUCUCUGGUGUGCCACUACCCAGGACUACGGCAAGGACGAGCGAUGGGGCUUCUGCCCCAUAAAGAGCAACGACUGCGAGACCUUCUGGGACAAGGACCACCUCACCAACAGCUGCUACCAGUUCAACUUCCAGUCGACGCUGUCGUGGCGGGAGGCCUGGAAUAGCUGUGAGCAGCAAGGGGCCAACCUGCUCAGCAUCACCGAGAUCCACGAGCAGACCUACAUCAACGGGCUGCUGACGGGGUACAGCUCCACACUCUGGAUUGGGCUCAACGACCUGGACAUCAACGGAGGCUGGCAGUGGUCAGACAACUCGCCCCUCAAGUACCUCAACUGGGAGAGCGACCAGCCCGACAACCCCAGCGAGGAGAACUGCGGGGUGAUCCGCACCGAAUCCUCCGGGGGGUGGCAGAACCGCGACUGCGGCAUCGCCCUCCCCUACGUCUGCAAGAAGAAGCCCAACGCCACCGCCGACCCCUUCCUGACAGACUCGUGGUCGGAGGUGAAGGUGGACUGCGAGCCCAGCUGGCAGCCCUUCCAGUCCAACUGCUACCGCCUGGUGGGAGAGAAGAAGAGCUGGCAGGAGGCAAAGAAGACCUGCCUGCGGAGCGGGGGGGACCUGGUCAGCAUCCACACCCUCUCCGAGCUGGAGUUCGUCACCAAGCAGGUCAAGCAAGACGUGGAGGAGCUCUGGAUUGGCCUGAAUGACCUCAAGCUGCAGAUGAACUUUGAGUGGUCGGAUGGGACGCCCGUGAGGUUCACCUACUGGCACCCCUUCGAGCCCAACAACUUCCGCGACAGCCUGGAAGACUGCGUGACCAUCUGGGGACCGGAAGGGAGGUGGAACGACAGCCCGUGCAACCAGACCCUGCCGUCCAUCUGCAAAAAGCCCGGACGGGUGAGCCAGGAGAAGGAGGAGGACGACCACGGGUGCCGAAAGGGCUGGAAGUGGCACAGCCCCUCCUGCUUCUGGCUGGGCGAGGACCGCGUCCCCUACAGCGACGCCCGCAAGAUGUGCUCCGACUACGGCUCCACGCUGGUCACCAUCACCAACAGGUUCGAGCAGGCCUACGUCAGCAGCCUCAUCUACGGCUGGGACGGGGAGUAUUUUUGGACAGCACUGCAGGACAUCAACGAGACGGGCGCUUUCCGCUGGCUGAGCGGUGACGAGGUCAUGUACACCCACUGGAACCGCGACCAGCCCGGUUACAACAAGGGCGGUUGCGUGGCCCUGGCCACCGGCAGCUCCAUGGGGCUGUGGGAGGUGAAGAACUGCAGCACCUUCAAGGCCAAGUACAUCUGCCGGCAGAACCUGGGCACCCCGGUCAACCCGGAGCUGCCCGGUCCCUACCCCACGCCCAGCCUCGCCGCCGCCUGCCCCCUGGGAUGGAGCUCCGACUCCAAGCUCCGUCACUGCUACAAGGUGUUCAACUUUGAGAAGCUGCAAGAGAAGAAGACGUGGAUCGCAGCGCAGGAGUUUUGCCGGGAGCUGGGGGCCCAGCUGCUCAGCCUGGGCAGCUACGAGGAGGAGCACUUUGUCGCCAACACCCUCAACAAGAUUUUCGGGGAGUCGGAGCCGGAGCUCCACGAGCAGCACUGGUUCUGGAUCGGCCUGAACCGGCGGGACCCCGCGGGGGACAGGAGCUGGAGGUGGAGCGACGGGCUGGGGUUUUUCUACCACAACUUUGACCGCAGUAACUACGAUGACGAUGACAUCCGGACCUGCGCGGUGCUGGACCUGGCCUCCCUGCAGUGGAUGCCCAUGCAGUGCGAAGCCCAGCUGGACUGGAUCUGCAAACUGCCCAAAGGUGCUGAUGUGAAGGAGCCGGAGAUCACGACCCAAGGCAGCAAAGAGUGGGUGAAGUACCAGGAUGCCGAGUACAAGUUCUUCGAGCACCACUCGACCUGGGUGCAGGCGCAGCGCAUCUGCAGCUGGUUCCAGGCCGAGCUGGCGUCGGUGCAUGGCGAGGCCGAGCUGCGCUUCCUGGGACAGAACCUGAAGAAGUUCUCCAGGGGCCAGGAGCAGCACUGGUGGAUCGGGCUGCACACCUACGAGAACGACGGGAGGUUCAAGUGGUCCGACGGGUCCCUCCUCAACUUCGUCUCCUGGGCGCCGGGCAAGCCCCGGCCCAUCAACAAGGACAAGAAGUGCGUGUACAUGACGGCCAGCAGAGAGGACUGGGGGGACCAGAAGUGCCUGACGGCGCUGCCCUACAUCUGCAAGCGGAGCAACGGGACGGCGGCGAAGCCUUCCCCCCCGCCGCUGCCCGCUCCCACGAGCGGGGGCUGUCCCCGCGGCUGGUUUCCCUUCCUCAGCAAGUGUUUCAGUUUCAAUGGCCACGACAAAGCCGAGAUAGUGAAGUGGCCGGAGGCGAAGCAGGCGUGCGAGAGCCAGGGCGCCGUCCUGGCCACCAUCGCCAGCCCCCUGGAGCAGGCUUUCAUCACGUCCAUGCUGCCCAACAUCUCCUUCGACCUCUGGAUCGGCCUCCAUGACGCCCAGAGGGAGUUCCAGUGGGUGGAGGGCGAGCCGCUGCGGCACGUGAGCUGGGCUCCUGGCGAGCCCUCGGGCUGUGGCGCCUCCAGCCCCCGCGACAAGCCGACCAACUGCGUGGUGGUGUGGCACGGCUCACCCCCCCACUUCACGGGGCGCUGGGACGACCGGAGCUGCCUGGAGGAGAAGCACGGCUACAUCUGCCAGCGGAGCAUCGACCCAUCCCUGAGCCCUGCGCGGACGCCGUACCCCCCCUCGCCCACCGGCACCCUCUUUUACCACAACAGCACUUACCGCAUCCUGCAGAAACCCCUUAGGUGGCACGAGGCGCUGCUGCUCUGCGAGACCCUCAAUGCCACCCUGGCCACCAUCCCUGACCCCUACAGCCAGGCUUUCCUCACCCAGGCCGUCAGCAGCCUGCGGGCUCCGCUCUGGAUCGGGUUGGCCAACGACGAGGGAGGCCGGAGCUACUCAUGGCUGACGGAGGAGAACCUCUUCUAUACCAACUGGCAGGACGGGGAGCCCCAGCAGGUCGCCGGCUGCUCCUACAUGGACGCGGACGGGAGCUGGCGCACGGCCGGCUGCGACACCAAGCUGCAGGGAGGCAUCUGCCAGCUCCGAGCAGAUGCCCCCCGCACCCACAAGUGGAGCUACAGCGGCAGCUGCCCCAAGUCGCUGGAGGACUCGUCCUGGAUCCCUUUCCGGGACCACUGCUACACUUUCCACAUGGAGAUCACACUGGGGCAGAAGGACGCCAUGAGGAGGUGCCAGAAAGUUGGUGGCACGGUGUUGUCUAUCCAGGACGAGAUGGAGAACGUCUUUGUGUGGGAGCACCUCCAGGCGUACGAGGGCCCAUCCAAGGGUGCCUGGCUGGGCAUGACCUUCAACCCCAAAGGUGGGACCUUGGUUUGGCAUGACAACACCGCUGUGAACUACUCCAACUGGGGCCAGCACGACACGGGGCCCAGCAUGCUCAGCCAGAACAGCUGCUACUGGAUCCAGAGCAGCAACGGCGUGUGGCGCCUGGGCUCCUGCACCAACGUCACCAUGGGGGUCAUCUGCAAGAUCCCCCGAGUGGAGGAGAGCAGCUUUUCCAGGGCAGCUCUGCCGGAGAACACGACGGCCAUCGCGGUGGUGGUGCUGUCGACGCUGGCGCUGUGCGCCGUGCUGGGCGUCGCCGUCUACCUGUACAAGCGUCGGCGGAGCGCGGAGCGGGGCGCCUUCGAGAGCGCCCGCUACAGCCGCACCACCUCCAACCCCAGCGAAUCCGCCGAGAAGAACAUCCUGGUGUCGGACAUGGAGAUGAACGAGCAGCAAGACUAACGGCAGGGGGGACGCUGGGGAUGGGGACCUGGGGAGGGGGGAGGACGGAGAGCAUCACACACGCUAUCCCCGCGGCGCAGGGGGCAGGGGCGGCAGCGGGACCAUUGCAGCAGGGCAGGGAGAGGGGCUGGGGUCGGGGUCGGGGUCCGGCCAGGCGGGUGAGCGGAGGGAGCUGGGGUCCCCCGUGCCCCGCGGGUCACUGCCGACACCUUCGGGCUUGUCUCCAGCUGCCGGGAGCUUGCCUGCAGCAGCCGUGGAGGCAGUUUCAGGGCUAAAAAGUUUUGAGGAAAGUUGCCCCCUCCCAGUUUAAGAGCUUUCUGGUGGUGUGAACAGGCUCCGAGACACCUUCCCCUUGGGAGAAGGCAAGCGCGGGUAUUCAGGGCCCUGCGGUGGGCUCGUUCCCCCCAGGAAUCGAGCUGGUGUCCGAGAAGACAUCCUCCUGGGCAAGAGGUCUCUAAAGCUGAUCUACCUCCCCUCCGCGCGCAGCGGCGAGGACCCUGCCAGCCCCCUGUCCCCACCGCCAUGCCAUUUCUCGCCCCCUCCUCAGCCUCGUCCCCCACCUCUGGGAAAAAAGCAGCGGAGACGCCGUCGCAGCGAUCCAAGCGUGGAUUCCCCCCAGCAACAGCGAUGGGACCCCCUUCUCCUCCCUGGCACAUCCCUAGGGCUGCGUCCAGCGCCGGCGAGGCUGCGGCUGCUCCCCCCGGGGCUGGCAGUCAGAGCCCACCCCAUUUUUUGUUACUUUGGUGUGUGUCCCCCACAAAAUAACUGCACAUGAUAGCACCGGAGCAAACCGCUGGCCAGGUUCCUUCCCCGGCAGGAGCAUCCUCAGCACCCCGGGCUCCGCGGGAGGAGCUGGGUGCUGCGGCACGAGGCGCUGCCGGAGAGCCGGGGCCACCCUCCGUCCCUUGCCGGGCAGGGAUGGCACGGGGCUGGGGCCACUUGCCGCUGGUUGCCUUGUUCAGGCCAGAAGGCUGAGCGUCAGGGCUGUAGGGUGGGGAGCGACUCGGAAGCUUUGGUGGUUAUUGAAAGUUUGGUGGUUUUUGGGUUGGUGUUUUGGUUUUUUUUUUUUUUUUUUUUUUAAGGAAACGAUAGCUUUUUUUGCUAUACUGUACUGAGUGCGUGCUGAAUAUAUACGUUCUUUCACACAGCUGGCUGGGGUGUUUGUGGUUGCCUGUUUUAUGUGUAGGGUGAGGAGGAGGAGGAGGGCUGAGCCCUGCCUGGCUUCAGAGCCGUGCAGGAAGGAGCAGGGGUGCCUGGGGCUGAGCCGUCCUCCGUCACCUGCCUGCAGCAGCCCCGGUGCCGGCGUCUGGCCAGAGGAUGCCUGGCGACAGCGAGAGAUGUUCGGGCCCCGAGGGGGGGUUCCCUGCUGGGAAUGGGACCCAAAAAGCCCCGUAGACCUUUGAAGCGGGGUGGCACAGCCCCCAUGAGAGACGUUGCGUUUAGCUCUCUGCCUCCGAGGCUCGAGUUGGGUUUUUUUAUUGUUGUGAUGACAACGGGAACUAGCUAAUUUUUUGUUCAUCUCCUUUUUGUCACCUGUGUGGAUUUAAAGGUCUGUUGAUUUCACUUAAGCUGGACAUUAAGUGUUUAAGAAAGUGUUGGGGGGGUGGGUUGGGGGAACAAAGGAUCGUUGGGAUUUUGUUUACUUUUUGGCAAUGUCCAAAAGCUGCCACAACGUUUCAGGGCGAGCGAGAAUCUGGAGUGCACGGAGCUGCCCCGGCUCCGUUUCUCUCUCUUGGCAUUCUCCGCAUUUAUUUUCUGAGGUCCUUUCUGGUUUGCAGCUGUUGGUUUUGACCACGGGCCCAUGGUUUUCCGAUGUGGGUGCUGGAUCCUGAAAAGCCGAGCGUGAAUUCCUCCUCGUCCCCAGCAGGCGUCGAUGGACCAAGCGGCAAGCUUGGAGUGCGCUGGCAUCCCUGCUGCAGGGAUGCUUGGAAUAGCAGCAGGGAGGCUGAGCUGGAAGCUGUGCUGCUGGUGGGGAUGGAGGUCCUGGAUUAACUCCUCCUGGAUGAGCAGAGCUGUUAGGAAGUCCUAAAAAAUAAAGGUUGAGGUUAGGAUUGGUGGGAUGGAGUGGGCGAGGAGUGGUGCUGAGGUCGAGGGGUGCAGGCGGGCAGGGUUGGGGUUGGUGGGAGAAGCGCGUGAGAUCCCAGGCAAGGAGGGCGCAGGGAAGCACGAGGGGUACGGCUGGGACGGUGGGGAGUUACCGGCGCCGGAGGAAAGCCCAUACCGUGGAAAGGCAUGGAGUGUUGGGAGUUGGGCAGGAGGUCCCAUGGCUGUGCAGGAGGCAGCACGCCUGGCUUUCACGCAGCCCUGCCUGGGAACACCUUGUUUAAGAAAGUUUUUUUUUCUUUUUUUUUUGUUCUCCUUGAUUACUUUUGUUCCUUUUCCUUUUCCUUUACUUUCAAGAAAAGAAAUCUGUACAGUCUAGGGGGAAUUUUGUAUGAGAAGAGUUUUGUCAGCUGUUGGCAGUGAUCAGGAUUAUGGAAAAAAAUGCAUAUAUGGUUAAAUGGUAUCUCCUAUCACCGUUAGAAUAAUGUGAAGAAUUGCUUACAAGGACCCUGUCAAUUAUAUAUAUAUAUAUAU